GGGCGCAGCCGACCCCUCUGGGAGUCCUGGCACUGGUCUGGAAGGACACCGCCACCCGCCUGGGCGAUCGCAUGAGACAGGCCAUGCUCCAGGCCCCUUUCGCACAGCGCGGGCGGCUGGCCCAGGUGGAAGCUCGCGUUUCCACUGGCACCCGUGCUGGGCUCCCUCAGUCCCAGACCCAGCUGGCCAGGGCGCCAUCUUUGCUGCAGGCAGCUUGCAGGACCUCCCUGUUCUGCAGGCCAGCCUUCGAGGGGGCCCACCUGUGUGGCAGCGCCCCCUCCUGGCGGGCAGCUGCGGUGCAUUGUAGUUGCAUUGCAUGUUCUGGAAGUACCGUGCAAUGUUUCCACAGUGCAUCCCAGAGGCCUGCCCGGCCCUCGGACACUCGCCCCCGCCCCCGCCCCCGCCCAGGCCUUGACCAAGGACCCCCCCUUGGGGUGGGGAUCCUGGCUAGAGGGCACUGUUGCCACUGCUGGGUCCCAAGGCCCAGCCAGAGACCAGAGGGGAGGGAGUGGAAUGUGUUGCUGGGGUGGAGCAUCGAGCGAUCCGCUGAGCGCCUGGUUCAGCCCCGCGACAGGAGGGGCCCAGGACCGGCCCAGAGGGCCAGCCUCGGUGAUAGCCGGCACUUCACGCUGGACGCCGAGGGAGAGCCCAGGAGUGUGCCAGCCGCGCAAGGCCUGGCAGCUGGCGGACCGGGCCCAGGAUCGGGGGAGGGGCGCCACCUCCCGGCGUCUCUGCUGGGCUCUCCUAGUCUUCCAGAGAACAGGGUCGGCUGUGGUCAGGGAGCAGCGGGACACUUCGGCCCCUGGGGGCCCAGAGCUGCGGGCAGCCGCUCAGCUGGGGAACGAGCCUGGAAGAGGAGGCCCACGGAGCCCAGGGCUGUCCCAGGGCGGCCCGAGGACAGUGUGGCCCAGGAGCAGGGCUCCGAGCAAGCACAGGGUGGGUGGGGGUCUGGGACGAGGACAGCCAGGACUGAGGAGGUGAGGGACGGCCUGGGGACCUCUUAGGUCCCAUCAGAGGGGAGCUCCUGCCCCCACCACUCGGCCUGUGCUGUGGGCGUGGCAGCAGGUGGGCAGCCUGGACUGGCGUGUGGUGUAUGUAGCCCAUACCCGUGAGGCUUCGUGCCCUCACACAAGCCAGUCCCCUGUGGAUGAGGACCCUGAGACUUAGGGAGGAGAAGCUGAUGCCAGGUUACGUGGCUGCACGCCGUGGCAGCAAGACGAGGAUGGCAGCCAGGUCAGCUGGCCCGCCUUCCAGGAGAUGAGUGCGCACACACACACACACACACACCCUGCCCCAGGAGAUGAGUGCACACACACACACACACACACACCCUGCCCCAGGAGAUGAGUGCACACACACACACACACACACACCCUGCCCCAGGAGAUGAGUGCACACACACACACACAUACACCCUGCCCCAGGAGAUGACUGCACACACACACACACACACAC